CCCCCCCCCCCCCCCCAGAAUAAUCUGUGGUCUGAGAAGAGCUAUUGAGCUCUUCCCACUACUUCAAUGGCGACUUGGAAGAAGCCGCCAGGACACGAAUUGGCGCCUAGGGUACCGUUUAUGAAACCGUUAGGUCCUCGAGUUUUCUAAUCGUUUAGGGAUCGGUUAGUUUUGUUGUCGACAGAGUAACCCUGUACAACUUAUGUACACUGAUUUUGCUUGUUAGCUACAGCCUCUGGGAUGGAUAAGAUUACUUUUGACCCAUUUUGAUGCCAAGCACUACAUUGCUGAAUGCUGGAGCCAUCGUCAAAUCUCCUCCUUUAAUCCUCUCACAAACUCGGAACUACACACCCCUGCCACAUCACCUUGCCACGUCACAAACCAGGAUCCUCAACCAGCCAAUCAGAACGUCUCUGAUAAGAUAAAACCUCAAAUCUUUCCAUUGCCCAUUCCACAUUCCAUCCUCUCAUUCCCAAUCCCACAUCUACACCACACAAACCACCAAAAACCUUCAAACAAAUAUCUCACCCCAUCUCUUAUAUCUCACACAUCUCAUCCAUUCCCUUCAAUUUCUGCGGCCAAACUUCAGAACACAAAAACCAGAAACCCAAUUAACCUUCUCCUUUCUAGCUCCAGCCAUGGCCACCGUCACCUCAGCAGCCGUCGCCAUCCCAUCAUUCACCGGCCUCAAGUCGGCCAAGUCCACCGCCGCAGCCACCACCGCCAGGGUCUCCGUCGCUGCAGCCCCAAAAUUCGCCGGCGUCAGGGCCUCAAUGAAGGACCUGGGCAUCGCGGUGGCCGCCACCGCCGCCUCCGCGAUGCUGGCGGGCAACGCCAUGGCCAUCGACAUCCUGCUCGGCAGCGACGACGGCUCCCUGGCCUUCGUCCCCAACAGCUUCACCGUCGCCGCCGGUGAGACCAUCACGUUCAAGAACAACGCCGGGUUCCCCCACAACAUUGUGUUCGACGAGGACGAGAUCCCCAGCGGCGUGGACGCGUCCAAGAUCUCGAUGUCGGAGGAGGAUCUGCUGAAUGCGCCUGGGGAGACCUACAAGGUGGCUUUGACUGAGAAAGGAGAGUACACUUUCUACUGCUCUCCUCACCAGGGCGCCGGCAUGGUUGGCAAGGUCACUGUUAACUGAGGAAAAGGCGGGAUUUGAUGUUGUCGCCAUGGUUUCUUACCGCUUGUUGUUGAAUGUAUAAUCGAGGAUUUGAUGAAAAGACUUAAAGAGAUUGAAAUGGGUGCGUGUUGGUUUGGGGGAAGAGAAACUUUGCAGUUGGAAUUGGGUUUGAGUUUCUUUCUGCUGGUUUCUUCUUCUUCUUUGCCAUUUCAUCGUUUCAUUGCACAAUUUGUAGAUUUUCACCAUGUUAUGUAGUAACCCAAAAUAAAUUCUAGUCUUUCAUUGCACAAUUUGUAGAUUUUGCGAUGGUUCUUCCCAUGAUACUAGCGAUUGGCGAAGCCGACCCCAUGGGAAUUGCUAUUUGUACCAAACCAAACAAGUCAAAUUUCUUUUAAUCAUAACCAAACCAUCCAAACUAAUACAACAACCGAACUAAAAUUUAAUCGGUUUGGUUAAUUGAUUAACUAGAUUAAUCAGUAGGCAUCAAUUCACAAUUUGUAUGAUGAGUAAAACAUUACAUUGAACACAUAGCUAUAGUUAACCUUUACAUAAAUACAUGCAACUAAUACAAAUAUACAUUAUAGGUAUAAUAUUGAGUUUUUAUUGUUUUUUUAUCAAAGGAAGACCACACUCCCUAACAGUUUAUUAUAAUAUUCCUGGGCUCUGAAAGGCCCUGCCUGUCAUACAAGAUCAAAUUGCUCAGUCGUCUAUGAUCGAUCGGGAUACAGUGGAGACUGGAGACCAAUAUCAAGGGUAUGCCCCAGAUUGGCUAAAAAAUCUGCACAUGUGUUUCCUUCCCUGUAGAUGUGUUGAAUCUCGACAUCCCAUUGCUUCAAGAGCAGCUCUUGUGCUCUGCUCAGCACCCCAGCUUGGCGCAUGAUCCCUGUAGUCCUUUUCCUAUAAAAAUUUGACUGCAACUUGUGAGUCUAGUUGGAGCUGCACUUUACGGUAUCCCUCGUUCCAAGCCGCUUGUAACCCCAGAACAGCUCCACGAAGCUCAGCAGUUGUAAUAGAACAGAUUCCCAAAUUGCAGGCAAAAGUCCCCAGGCAGCGAUCAUCAUGAUCUCUCAGUAAUCCUCUUGCAGAAGCGCCACCUGAAUUUUGCAGAACCGACCCAUCACAUUUGAUAGCGAUCCAGUGUUGUGGAGGGGGUCCAUGCUAUCUCAGCUACCUGUCGCGAUGGCGUGGGUGUGUGAUGCAGGGCCUGAUCCUUUCCAUAGCACUUUUGAUAAUCACGAGCCAUUCGUUGAUCCGUCUCAUGAAGCCAUCCUUCAUCGUUGUCUUACCCUAAAAAAACACGCUCAAAUUGAGUUUUUAUUGUUGAUGAGCCUAAAAGGAAGGAAUCUUUGGCUCUUGAGUGGUUAUUCCAAGUAUUAAGUAUGUGUAUAUAAUAUAUAGGGUUAAUAUUUUCGUAUGGCCUGAACUUUGACCAAAAUAAACAUCCUGGCCAAUC